AUGUCGCCUCUCCUCCAGGUUAUCCUCCUCCUCCUUCCUUGCUUGGCUGGAGCAAGAAGCAGUCACCUCCUUGAAGGCCUACGAGUGCUGAAGACCGAGUUUGCACUUCGCCUCUACCGCAGCGUGGCAGCAGAGAGAAAUGGAACGAAUUUUGUCAUCUCACCUGCUGGUGUGGCACUCCCACUGGAGAUCCUGCAGUUUGGAGCCCAGGGGAACACAGGCAGGCAACUGACAGGUGCCCUGGGCUACACUGUGUAUGACCCGAGGGUGAGAGAUUGCCUGUAUGCAGCUUAUGCCACACUACGCAACUCCAGCCGUGGCACUAAGAUGGAGCUGAUCUGCACUCUUUUUGUGCAAGAAGGAACACCACUCUCCCCUUGCUUUGUGGAGCAGGUCUCCUGGUGGGCUAACAGUAGCCUUCAGCCCGCAGACCUCAGAGAGCCCAACAGCACCACCAUCCAGGCCAAUGAAGGGCUGUUCAGACAGAUGACAGGUGAGAAUCCACGAGGCCCAUCUUGGGAGCUGGUCAGCUCCAUGUCUGCUCAGCUUGCACUUGUAAGCACCAUGACCUUCCAGAGCACCUGGCAGAGGAGAUUCUCCUCCAUGGACUCACAGCCUCUGCCUUUCACCUGUGCCCAUGGCCUUGUCCUUCAGGUUCCCAUGAUGCACCAGAUGGCUGAGGUCAACUAUGGUGUGUUCCAGGAUGCCGUGGGGCAUGAGGUGGGAAUGCUGGAGCUGCCAUACCUGGGAAGCAUGGCCAGUCUGUUCCUGGUCCUGCCCCGGCACAAAGAUGCAGUCCUGGGCCACAUUGAGCCACACCUCACAGCUAGAGUCAUCCAUCUCUGGACAAGCAGGCUGAAAAGAUCCAGGAUGGAUGUGUUCCUUCCCAGAUUUAGGAUCCAAAAUCAAUUCAACUUAAAAAGCAUUUUAACUUUUUGGGGAGUCAACGAUGUUUUUGACCCAUUCAAAGCUAACUUGAAAGGAAUUUCAGGCCAAGAUGGCUUUUAUGUUUCUGAAGCAAUUCACAAAGCCAAGAUGGAGGUUUCAGAGGAAGGCACAAAGGCAGCUGCAGCCACAGCUCUGUUAUUACUGAAAAGGUCUCGGAUUCCUGUUUUUAAAGCUGAUCGGCCAUUCAUCUUUUUCCUGAGAGAACCUAACACAGGAUUUAUCUUCAGUAUUGGGCGUGUUUCAAAUCCCCUUGACUAA